AUGGGGAGAUGGUUCAUGAGGGCGUUGAACCAGGUGAUGUCCUGGAAGAAGGAACGAGCGGAAAAUGACCUAUACCACUUUUCAAGGGUUGGACUGCCAGUGGAUCUUGGUAUCAAUGACUGGGUUUGUGACCCAUGUAAGAGCAUGAAGAAAAGCAGAGGAAGGGGUGGCAAAUGA